GCCAAGUUUCAAGAACUUCACUCAGAAAUCAAUCACCUGUUGCAUACCUUCCUACAAACUCUAAGCAAUCAACAGAUCGAGAUGGCAUUCUCAAAGACUUUUCUUCUUGUCGCCCUUGCCUUUGCUGUUCUCCUCAUCUCUGCUGAGGUCUCGGCUCAUCGUGACCUAGCUGAGGCUGCAGCCACUACUACUCAAAAAGCCAACACUGACGGUUACCAUGGACACGAUCAUGGACAUGGCGGCCAUGGAGGACAUGGAGGACAUGGUGGACACGGAGGACAUGGAGGACAUGGACCUCAUGCUGUUGAGACUGAAACUGAGAACUAGAUGAUGAUGACCCUUUGUAUGCAUGCAGUUGUGUGUAUAUUGCACUAUUGCAGGCAUACGUACCUGAUGCAAGUCUAUUAAUAUGGAAGCAGUAGUAGCUUGUUUCGAAUAAUAAUAUGUAUUGGUUGAGCAGUCCAUCAAACUCUCAAUCGAUCAUAUCUUUGUAAUUCGAUCCUCGGAUCUUCAUGUUAUGAGCUAUCUAUGAUCCACUUAAAUUAGCUGAA